GAAGUGACAUGGAAUGUGAAGGAUAAAGCAGCGUUGUCAGGAAGCGUGAAGGGUCAGAAAUGGACGAUGAUUUCAUGGAUGACCAGGACUAUGGUUUGGAAUAUUCGGAUGAUUCUGCCAGUGAACCGGAUGUGGAUUUGGAGAAUCAGUAUUAUAAUGCAAAAGCUUUAAAAGCCGAGAAAGAAUUUGACAGCGCUUUGAAGACUUUUAAACACGUGUUGGAAUUGGAAAGUGAGAAAGGAGAAUGGGGAUUCAAAGCGCUCAAACAGAUGGUCAAGAUAACAUUUGCUGCAAAUCGUUAUGAUGAAAUGCUAAAGUAUUAUCGGCAAUUACUCACCUACAUCAAAUCAGCUGUUACGAAGAACUAUUCAGAAAAAUCAAUAAAUUCAAUUUUGGACUAUAUUUCAACCUCAAAACAAAUGGAUUUGUUGCAAAUAUUUUACGAGACAACCUUGGAUGCAUUAAAGGAUGCCAAGAAUGAACGGUUAUGGUUCAAGACGAACACAAAGCUUGGAAAAUUGUAUUUUGACCAAAAAGAAUUUGGAAAACUGGAGAAAAUCAUUAAACAGUUGCGAAAUUCAUGUAAGAAUGAACUCGGUGAAGAGGACCAGAAGAAGGGCACCCAACUGCUUGAAAUUUACGCCCUCGAAAUUCAGAUGUAUACAGAACAAAAGAAUAACAAAGCUUUGAAGGCGCUUUACGAACAAAGUUUACAUGUUAAAAGUGCAAUACCACAUCCACUUAUUAUGGGCGUUAUUCGCGAGUGUGGAGGAAAGAUGCAUUUACGAGAAAAACAGUUUGAAAAAGCUCAUACUGAUUUUUUUGAAGCAUUUAAAAAUUAUGAUGAAAGUGGUUCGGAGCGAAGAAUUGCAUGCUUGAAAUAUUUGGUACUUGCGAAUAUGUUAAUUAAAUCCGGAAUAAAUCCAUUUGAUAGUCAAGAAGCGAAGCCAUUCCGCAACGAUCCUGAAAUAGUUGCAAUGAAUCAACUUGUGGGAGCUUACCAAGACAAUAAUUUAAUGGAAUUUGAAAGUAUUCUUGAAAAAAAUCGUGAUGCUGUUAUGGCUGAUCCAUUUAUUCGUGAACAUAUUGAAGAACUGCUUACCAACAUCCGUUCGCAGGUAUUAAUAAGUCUUUGUGUGCCAUACUCUCGGAUUUACUUGUCAUUUCUUGCGGAAGAACUUCACGUUCAAGUGGAAGAAGUUGUGGUGCUUCUUGCCGAUUUGAUUCUCGAUGGUGCAUUGAAUGCAAAGAUUGAUGAAAUUAAUGGUAUCCUGGUAUCCGAAUCAACUAAUAAAGCAACACGAUGCACUGCAAUUGCGAGAUGUGCGAAACAGUUAUCUUCAUUGCACCUUUCAAUUGUAGACAGAUGUUCAUAAUAUUAAUCUCAGAGAAUCUCGUGUGCACUUCCGUGGUUGGACUUCACUUGUGUCUAAUUUCUACUUUCAUGUUUGGCAUAAUCCAGCUGCAUUCUAUUUAAAGGUAGCAUCAACUCUGCUCUAUUACAAUAAAAUGAGUGUAGCAUAAAAGUAGUUAUACAAAUAUGACACAAGUGCAGGCUAGCCUUGUUGUUUGUGUUUUGUUGUCACAUAAUUUAUCGUAGUAAAUACAUUUGAACAAAAUUCAAUAGUAGGGGUCAUAUUACUUGGUUUCCUCAGUCUGUUAGGGAUUUUUCGGCGAAUAUUCGUCGAAAUAAAGAUUCGAAACAGUGAUUUUCUGUACAGUUGUCGAAUUCUCAUUUUGUACGUCCCAUUAUGCAUUCUGUUCGUGAUUGUGUAGAUGAUUCAUAUAUAAAUUACGAAGAAGUCCUUAAAAAUCGUCUCGGUUCAAUUUCCACGUAUUUUCGCUGCUUUGAUUGCUAAUAAAUUAUUCUUC